AGCACAUCGUGGAAAAACGAAGCUAAAACCCAAAAUCAUUCACUACACAUCAAUUCAAACCACAAGUUGCGGUGGAAAGUAAAAGACAGUUUCAAUAUCUUCUUCUUGUCUCCUUUUUUUUCUUUUUUCUUUUUCUUGCAUACACAACCCAAAGAGGUAUGUGUUUCUAAUUCUAUCCGCUGUUUUGUUCUUCCUCUGUUUUCGUUACGGGGCUUCAUCAUAGAAAACAUCUUAUGGAAAAAAAAUUCCAAAUUUUUCCUCCAAAAUCGAUGCUGCGACCAAUGCCAACAGAUCUACCAGUACCAAGGCCACCACGACAACCACCACCACCACCACCACGGCUUUCUUCGGGUCCUGAAAGUAACCAAAAAUAUUUAUUUGAAAUCAGUUUGAUUGUCACAGCUUGUAUGGUUUGUGGAGUUCUUUUGGUUGGGAUUAUGUUUGCAAUUAAGAGGAGUUGCGACUCGAGGAGGAAUAGAAGAAUAAGGAGAAGAAAUGCACCAAUACUUUUUGAUACCCAAGAAGAUUUUUUUGAUGAAGAUCAUGGACCUGUGAUUGACCAUCCCAUAUGGUACAUCAACACCGUUGGUCUCCAACAAUCUAUUAUUGAUUCUAUCACGCUUUGUAAGUAUAGAAAAGAUGAGGGGUUGAUAGAUGGGACGGAGUGCUCUGUUUGCUUGUGUGAAUUUGAAGAAGAUGAAAGUCUUAGACUUUUGCCUAAGUGUAGCCAUGCUUUUCAUGUUCCUUGCAUAGAUACAUGGUUAAGAUCACACAAGAAUUGUCCAUUGUGUCGUGCUCCUAUUGUUAGUGACAGUGCUGGUUCUCAGGUAAGUGCAGCUGUGCCUAAUUUGAGUGCUCCGGGUUCAAGCCAAGAAACCCAGUUAGAGAAUGCUGAAAACCAGAGUGGAGUGGAAAGCAAUCAAGUUGGAAGUGGUGAGACUAGUGAAAGUCAGGCUGGUGAUGUUGAUAUUGGUGCUUUACCAAUUGCGGAUGGUAGAUGUGCUGAAAUAUCAAUGAAAAAUUUGCAUAAUUCUAGCUGUGGGAAUUGUCAUUCUCGAGUACUAAGUAAUUUGGCUGACAAUCAACGAGUUGUAGAACAAGAAAUGCAACCAAUGAGGAGGUCGGUUUCGCUGGAUUCUUCUUCUGCCUCAAUGAUUUAUCUUGCUGUAGCUAAUGUUGUUACUGACCAAGAAAGUUCAAAGGCUCAAUUAGUACCCGUAAAAAGUUCGAGAAAAAGUUUUGUUGCUAAGAGGGAUAGCGAAACUUCAAGCAUAUACAAACUGAUGAAAAGUUCUUCAAUUGGGCGUUCUCUGCAGAAGGGGCCGGUUUCAAUGAAAAGGUCUUUUUCGUCCACUAGGAAAUCCAGACAUUGCACAAGUUCAAGUUCGAGCUCAAUCCUUCCCAUGUGAAGAUGAUGGUUUCACAAUUUUUAUAUCCAUAGUUUCGUGUUGGUGACCAAGUCAAGAAACUUCACUGGUAUUCUCAAAGAACUUGGACAUUAUCUACUACUAUUGUUUCUGCACCACUAUAUAUGUACAUUAUAAAACCAUAUGCUACUAUAUGAAGGACAGAAAGAAGCUGUCUCUGGAAGUCUGGUUCUUGUAUGAUGAAGCAACAUCAAUAGGAUGUUUUUUAUGUCACAAUAUUAAGUCUUUUGCUAGCAAUUCGAACAUAUGGCUAUAAAUGAGUGCGGUUCUAAUCUUUUGCUUC